UAAAAUUCCCCAAAAAAGGAGAGAGAGAGAGAGAGAGAGAGAGAUGGAUCCGCAGUUGAGAGAAGUAACGCAGCUCUUCGAGCGAUUCAAAGCCGCUUUUUUGAGGAGCGAUUUCGACACUUGCACCAAUCUCCUCUCCCAGCUCAAGGUGCUGUUGACAAAAUUUCCUAGCCUUCCACCAUCAUUCCAGCGUACUCCUAACGCUGUGGAGGAACUGACUGUAGCAAGGGAUAUAUAUGAGCAUGCUGUUGUUCUGAGUGUGAAGACUGAAGAUCAGGAUGCAUUUGAGAGGGAUUUCUUUCAGCUGAAACCUUAUUACACUGACACAUGUGGUAUAAUUCCCCCAUCACCACAAGAGUACCCAAUUUUGGGCCUUAACCUUCUGAGGCUUCUGGUACAAAACAGAAUAGCAGAGUUCCACACUGAACUAGAGCUGCUUCCGUCUAGUGCCCUAGAAAAUCCCUGCAUAAAGCAUGCUGUUGAACUGGAGCAAUCAUUCAUGGAAGGUGCUUAUAACCGAGUCUUAAGCGCCAGGCAGACUGUCCCACAUGAGACAUAUGUUUAUUUCAUGGAUCUUCUUGCAAAAACUGUUAGGGAUGAAAUAGCUGGAUGCAGCGAGAAAGCUUAUGACUACCUGACUAUAAAUGAUGCGAAGAAGAUGUUGAUGUUCUCCUCUGAACAAGAGCUUUUCCAGUAUAUAACUGAGGAACACCCUGAUUGGGAAACCAAGAAUGGGUGUGUGUUCUUCCAAAAGGCGAAAGAGUCACAGCCUAGUAAGGAAAUACCUUCCCUGCAGUUGAUCAACCAAACACUGAGUUAUGCUAGAGAAUUGGAGCGAAUAGUCUGAAAGUCUAACUGCACUCUCUCCUUCAUUCUUCUUCGUUCACAUUUUCAAUUACCGAACUCACUCAGAUUCAGCCUUUCAUAUCGCAGAAAAAUGUGUUAAAACUUUUGUAUUCAUCUUCUGGACAUAUCAUUUGUUUUCUUUGUCUUAAACAAACUCGUCUGGUUUCUUCUUUGGUUGAAGUGGAAAUUAUGAUUAUACUAUUUGGGCUGAGAUUUUCUUGUUAUCCAUGGUGAAACGAAGAGAUGAAAACCGGCUUACAUCUUUUGAUUUGCAUGAACUGUUGUUUUGGCUGAAUCCUUCAA